AUAGGCGCCGCUGCUAUCGCGAUUAUAAAGCCAGUAUGGAGUAUCUCGUGCAGCUUUCGACUACUUGCUAAACUGUGCAACAAGAAAGAAACGUCAAGAUUCUUUAUUUUUGUUAAUCCAUUUGUAAAUUAAACUCGAUAAAACGUCACGUGAAAUACACACCGCAACAGUGUUAUUCAAACAUGUCGUGAAACAAGUUUGAAUCAAUAAAACAUUAAGUCAGAUUUACAGAGACAUUGCCUGAUAACACCUGUCAUUAUUGAAAAUAAACUGUCAUAUUAUUAAAAAUCAAAGUUGCCACAAUAAAUUCGUGUUUCCCGACGGUGUUUGGUCCACGAGAGCAAGAUAUUAUGAAAAGGUGACUAUAUGUAUAAACAAUUUGAACUUGUAUCCGUUGACGCUGAAUUUAAUACAUUUCAUGUAUUACAUGAAACAUGAUAUUCGAUGUUGUAACGAAACAACCCCUUAAUAGUUGACAGUAAAAAAGAUAUUCCAUUAUACAAAUACAUCGCGUACACAUGCGUCGACUAAAAUAUCUUUGAAGUAUAAUGUCAGUAACUAGACAGUGGAUCUUUGUGCAGAUAUGAAUCACUCGUAACAUUUUUUAUUAUAACUGAAAUAGAUUCGAAGUUUGUAUUUUCUACUUGGAGCUUUAUGUGUUUACAAAUAAAAUUGAUUGAACCUUAAUCAGGGUUUGUUUUUAUUGUGUCUGACAUAUUCGAGUAUGUCAUGAAUGCAUAAAAUCUGCAUGGUUCAUUGUAACAUAUCCAUAACAAUGUUCCACUGUUGAACAUUUGGAGUUACAGUGAACUCCGGUAACCCUGAAUUUGAACACCAUACAUCGUUAUCGUGACGCAUGACCCUGACCCGUAUCACCCUUGCUCUAGAUUUUCCUAGUUCAAGGACUCACUGUACAGUGUUUCGGAUCGAUUGAAUUGCAAGAAAGAAAAAAAAGACGUUAGCUAAAUCUCGUGAACGCAGUCGCAAUCAAUUCCCGUUGAUUUUCAUCUCUUUCAAAAAAUUGCGGAUAUAUCAUAUCGCCUAACUAACGUUUACAACAGGAUAGAGCCCGCGAUUACACGGUCCGAUUGGUCCCUUGAAAUGACUUUUCACACGUCAACGGUCCUGCGAUAUUAAAUACACUUGGUGUUCUUUACACAAUAUUCGCGUAUCGUGAACUAUGAAAUUAUUUAUUCAUGUAUCCUUUGUGUUCUAUUUAGGGCUAAGGUGGCCAAUAAAAUGAGCAACAUGACAUCGCAAGAGCAGGCGAUGAAAGCCGCGGUGCAAUCGCAACUUGCCAGGAUAAAAAAAGAGGAAGAAGAAGAAGAAUUAUGGAUAUCAGGAGAAGAACUGUAUACGGAGGGUAGCAGUGAUGAGGAAGAAUGCACAACACAAUCAACAUUGCGUCGCAAAGUAAACAGCAACCAGUCAUCGCAUAUUUCGUCAACUGACACUCAUUCUACCGAAACCAAAGUGAAGGUCUCAUCUACCAGUGUUCCCAAGAGCAACAACACGGAAGGGCAUACACCUAAAGUACCUAAAAACACAUCAACGCCUGUCAAAACAUCCAGCCCACCAGUAACGGAAUCACCACAAAUACUUCAUCAUCCUGUAGGGGAAUCACCUACUGUGGUCAUGAAAAAUACAAAUUCAUCUGAUUUCCCUACCGAUUGGGAUGAAAUAGAUGACGCGAAAAUUUCGUGGAAAACGAAAAGAGAACGGGAAACAAUGUACGAAAGUGCAGACAUAGACAACACGAUGGUCGCUUUGAAGAGACUAAGAUCAUUGAAGCAAUUAUCCGAAUUGGAUACGAGAUCCCUAGAAUCGCGCCUCACCGAAGAAUCGUUUGAUAAUGAGAGUCAAAAUGAAAUUGAUAGUUCGGCUACAGACGUGAAAGAGGAAUACAUAGAAAGAAAAAUCUUAGAUAUGAAGAAUCUUGAUAAUCUUAUAUGGAAAAUGAAUGAUCGAGUAAAGAAAGCAAGAGAAGAAACGUUGAUUUGCCAAUGUGAAAAUCGGAAAAGGCUGAAAAACAUUUUAUCAGCCAGUCCAUCUGAAACUGGAAAACUAGCUGAAAAUACACAGCUGUUUCUUCAAUUAUGUCCGACAUAUAUAACACUUAGCGCAGAGUUGCGUUUGAAAUACGAAAAAAACGAUUCAACCGCUGCGAAGAUAGAAUCAGAUAACGAUAACGUAUCAAACAUAUCGAUCGGGGCGAACGGUUUUAAUCCGCAAACAUUUAGAAAUGAAGAUACCAUGAAUCUUAGCUAUCUUCACAAUUCAUCGAACGAUUUCGAUUUGGAAUUGUUUAACAAUGCUGAGAAUGAAAGUUGGAGAGUAACGAAUUCAACAAGCGAUGUUGAAAGAGUAAUCGAUGAAGUAUUAGAUUCUGAUAUUAAUCCGUAUGUCGUGGAUGAGGAAACAAAGAAUGUACUUCUAGAAGUGGACAAGAACAUUUCCGUCUAUCGUAAGGACUUCCGCAAUGAUCGAGGGCAAUUUAUGAAGCCGCAUGAUAGCGUGUUUAAUGCGAGUAUUGUGAUUUCCACGGUAAACAGUGUACCAACAAUGAAAAGUUUGCAAGAUACCGAUAAAAAUCUUCUGGAUGAAGUGAUAAAGGAAGCCCGAAUCAUUGAUCCAUCGUCAAUUUUAAAUGUCGCCGAAGUUGAGAUAAACUGUCAAAUUUCUCCUAGUAUUGUCAGGUCUUUUAACAGAAUCAAAAUGAAACACUGAAAUGACAUAAAUGAGACCAUCGAAAAAUAAAACAUCUCUGAAAAUAUUAUAUUAAUGAUACAUAUGAAAUAUUUUUCUAAGAAUAGCUUAAUGGAAUUUUUAUGCAUUAUUUUAAAUGUACAAAAAAUAUGUAAUGAUAUUUGGCUUCUAGUUUAAGCAGUGCCUACUCACUACCCUUAAUGAUUAAAGAAAUUGUAAAUUUCGAAUGACUAUAAUUAAAUACAUAUAUAUUAAUACAAGUUUCGAAUAUUUAAUACCUGCCGCAAUAUUCAACUUACUGUAUAGUAUUCAUUCUCUUCUAUUGAACACAGUCUUGUCCAUAUACAAUAAUUUUCUAUACUAUAUACAUUAAAUUUUAUCCUUUUUCCUAUUUUUAUCGGAUACCGUAUAUUUGUCGUAACUUUUAGUUGGAUCGAAAGGUUCCCAUCUACUAGCAGGAAA